UUUUUUGUGUUGGGGGUAUAAAGUUUAUAUGCAUUCUUCCGGUAUAUAUCGGUUGAUGCUAAUUCGUAGAAAAAAUGAUAGUGGGGAGGCUUGGAUGGUACUAUACUUUGAAUUCGGUGCACUUGCAUCCGUUCACAGUUCUCUUUGUGAUCUGCUUCUCUUCAUGUUCUUUUGCGAAUAUACCAUUCGACACAAAGGAAAAAACCCUUAAGUGCUUCUCUUAAUGUGCUUUUCCAACUACAUCAGUUGCUCUGUGAGACAACCACUCACUUUGAAUUUCUCAACAAACAUGAAACAAGUCAUUCUUACCCAUUGAUGAACACAUAUAUAUAACAACCUAGGGAGACUGAAUGCAUAAGCUCGCUUGACGACAUAAUGACUGAUUAGAUUAAAUGGCUUUAUAAAGUAAACGAAAUGAUAAAUGAUCAAGUUGCAUAUGCCAACAUCACAUUUUUUAAUUUAAAUUUUGUUAAAGGCUAGAAGGUUUUGAUGGAACCGGUCGUAUUGAACCGAGAAAGAGACGCAGCGGACCGCAUAAAACGGAUGCCUAUGUAAGUUAUUACAUAAAUAUAUUUACACAGAAUUUGUCUAUCAAAGAAAUUACCGUUAUUUAGUCGUAUGUUUAAUAUAGCUACAGGUUGUUCGACGACCACCGUGAUGAAGAUUUUUAUGGGCUACCUCGGAAAUACAGUAUUGUCGCUCGGGUAGAAGUUAAAUUCCCGAUUGAACCACGUUAUCGUGAUAGACAACAUUUCAUUUUAUCUGACAUCAAUGUAAGCCAACAAUUAUUUAAGUUUCAUUUACAAAGUUGCAUGAUCUUCAUACCAUUGCCUAUACUCCUACUGAAAUCCUACUGAAAUACUAUUAGGGAGCCAAGAUCGAGGCCAUAACAUAUGUGUCCGUGACAGUUAAACAUUUCAACAAUUUGCUACAUGAAAAGCAUGUUUACAAUAUGCAUAACGUAAAGUUUGGUCUUCAUCCGGGGAAUUUAAUUUUCGACAUCUAAAUGGUCCCAUGGAAUUGUAUUUCAACCAACAAACUAUCGUGGAGCCAUACACAGUUCCAAUUCAAAUGCCGCCAUUCCCAAAACAUAUAUUCUUCAACCUUGAUGAUAUUGCUGAGUUGCCAAACAGGACUUUAGUCGGUAAGAAUAUAUUGAUCUUGGCUCGAUAUAUUCCAUUGAUCGUUUAAACAAAAUUUAGUAUUAAUCCGUUUAUAAAUUGUUAUUUUUGUAGACAUUAUGGCUAUUGUAGUCCACAUGGAUACAAUUCAUCGCACAAUGUGGGGCCCUUUCAGAAAGAUUGUUAUAAUGGAUGCUAGGGGGUCUUUACAUAUCAUUAAAGUUUGGGGUGACCUACUAAACAAAAAUGCACUCCGUUGGGCGUUGGCUAAGGAGGAUUAUGGCAUAAUAAUUGGGACUAUGUUUAGGCGGUUCAGAAGACAAGAGUUCCUCGAGUCUUCGGAUCAUACCGCAAUACACUUCAAUCCGUUCCAUCACAACACCCACUAUUUUGGACCAAUUCAAAAAGCUUUGGUGGCGCGGAACAACCGUCAGUUUGUUGUUACAUUUCUUGAAGAGCAAAGGCGUAGAUAGAUUCUACAAUUUCACAAAGAGCAAUAAUUGGAACUAUGUUUAGGCCUAGAUAGAUUCUACAAUGAUAGAAUACAUGUCAUACUGUUAUUGAUCAACCAAGAGCAACAUGAGGCUGAAUUGUAAUACCUAUGACAUGGGUUUAAUAAGAGAUAGUUUGUGAAUUUUUUUUGUUCCCAUGAUUAAUAAAUAUUUUGUGCGAAAAAUUGAAUUCCCGU